AUGAAGGAAGAAGAACGCCAUUCCGACGACGCAGGCCCAGCGAGCGCCCUACUCGCCGACUACGAACCACAUAAACACACUGACUCGGACUCGGACUCGGACCACUCCGAUAUCGAAGUCUACCCCCCAACCGUAUAUCCUGGAUAUGAGGCCCCAAGGGGGGCGUUGGGGCAUGCGCCGCCGGCACAUCCCCAUGGGACGGAGAUCCAUUGGGCGACGUUGGCGCAGAAACGCGCGCUGUGGUGGAGUUCGGCGCUGGUUACUGGCAUGUUCAUCUUGUCUUGGUACGCUUUCGCAACCAUCCUCUCAAUGUACAACAAGUGGAUGUUCUCGGCAGAGUACUACGGCUUCACGUACCCACUGUUCGUGACGGCAUGCCACAUGGUCGUGCAGUGGUUCUGCGCUGGCAUGAUUCGGUGGACGGUGCCGCGCUUCCGGCCCGUUGAGCGACCCUCGCGGCGCGAUUAUAUGACACGCAUCGUCCCCACUGCUAUGUCGACAGGCGGCGAUAUCGGGUUAUCUAACCUCUCGCUGAAGACUAUUACGCUCAGCUUAUACACCAUGUGCAAAUCGUCGGCCCUCAUCUUUGUCCUCAUGUUCGCUUUCCUCUUCAGGCUUGAAAAGUACUCGUUCAAGCUCGUGUCCGUCAUCGGGCUCAUCAGCAUCGGCGUCUUCCUCAUGGUGUUCAACGUGACGGCCGUCUCCAUUCCUGGCCUCAUCAUGGUGUUCUCAGCGUCUGCGAUCGGCGGUUUGCGCUGGGCGCUCACAGCGCUCAUCAUGCACAAGCGUGCGAUGGGCCUCAGCAACCCAUUCGCGACCAUCUUCUGGCUCGCACCACUGAUGGGCUUCUUUCUCUUCCUCUUCUCCGCCAUCUUUGAGGACUGGAUCGGCAUGUUCACAGGAUCGUACUUUGCCAACCCGCUGGUUGCACUCAAGAGCAUCGGCAUCAUCGCGUUGCCAGGUGCCAUCGCGUUCGCAAUGGUGUCGAGCGAGUACUUUGUCAUCCAACGCGCGGGUGUUGUCCCACUGUCGGUCGCAGGCAUCUUCAAGGAGGUGUCGACCAUCGCCUUCUCGGCCUGGAUCUUCGGAGACAAGCUCACCGCGCUCAACCUGAUCGGUUGCGCGAUUACCAUUGCCGGUAUUGCGCUCUACUCGUUCCACAAGUACCAGAGGAGCAUGAAGACCGAAGUACCAUUAGACGACGACGGCAACGUCGUCCCGACAGAGGACGCGAGCGACGAGGAACGGCAGCCUCUCAACCGCGGCGCAAGAGGGAGCCACGGCUCGCUCGCGUCGCGUCCAUCCCUCGCACAGUAUGCGCCGCCCACCCCAUCCUCGCGUUCGCGGCGCACACCAGAAGGCGCAGCUACACCGGUCGACACACUCCCCAUGACCGAAUUGAGCAACCGAUCCUCCGAGGAGGACGAGCGCGCCAACCGCCUGCGUGACAGCUUUGAGGGUUGGGACGCACCUGGUGGGAGCGACUACGAGAGCGAGGUCGACGAGGACGAUGUCGCACGAUAUCGCACCGAGCGCAUGGGCGCCGUGCGAUCGCGAUGGAACGAGUGGUGGGACAGGCCUAUGUAG